AUGAACCCAGACAGCGCACGUUAUGAGCGUGCUGGCAGGGCGUACGUACCGCCGGUCGAGCAAGCAACAUUGCCUGAAGCUCCUGAUGGCGAAUCCCUCACGCGACUCCCUUGGAUUGACGGCCUGCGUGGUGCAGCAGCUGUUGUGAUGUUCACCCAAGCUUUUGCUGACUUAACCUGGACACAAUCACAUCCUGGCACACUGCCACUUACCACAACGGAGGGCGUCAUACGAAAUGGCCAGCUGGCCAUCUCGUUGUGGUUUGUUCUCUCUGGUCGCAGCUUGGCAAACAACUUCUACCGCUGGGCAUACCUCGGUCGGAAGAUCAAGACUGAGUCGGCCCCGAAAAAGCAGGGUGAAAGCGAGCUGAGGUGGGGUGCUCUGGCGGUCAGCGUGUUCAGGCGUCCUAUUCAUCUGGCAUACGGUGGUGCGAUUAUUGGUUUGUGUCAGUGGCUCCUAUGUGCCAAAGGCUUUACGAAUGAUGCUGAGACGGCCAGUGUCAAGCUCCUCGCUCCGUCUGAUCUCUGGGUGCCAUCAUGGUGCGAAGUUGGCGAUUUUGCCGGAUUCCUCAAGCUCGUCCUCGAUAUGUUCACAAAUCCCGAUCAUGGCACGAUGUGGUUCCAAGGCGCUCAGCUUUGGACUAUCUACGAUCUUUUCUGGGGCUCCAUGCUGACCUAUAUCGUCGCUGCUGCCCUUGCUCCCUUGCCGUUACGGAGUCGUUAUAUCAUCUAUAGCAUACUCCUGCCCAGUCUGUGGUUCAUUACUAGCAACAAUUUCCUGUUCAUCUUCGGUCUCUUCCUCUGCGACAUGUACAACACGGGCCUGGUCCGUUGGCUCAAUGAUAACUGGAAACUGACAAUGGCCAUCGAACUCAGUGUUAUGGCCUUCGCCUGUGCACUGAUCGUCGGUGUAGAGAACGUCGCCGGCCCGAUCAACAACGCAGUCGGCCAUAUCACUGUUGCCGCAGGUCUGUUUGGUUACAACGCGACAACUCUGUGGCCCCAAACCAUGGUCAUGAGCAACUGGAUCAUUGCCUGUGCCACCAUGCUUUGGCUCGAGAUCUCUCACACCAUGCAGUGGUUCGUUGGCUGGCGCCUUUUCGUAUGGAUGGGCAAGAUUUCCUUCGGCUUCAUCUUCCUCCAGUACAUCGUGCUGUAUUCCAUCAUGCCACCCCUGGUCUUGGCUCUGAACGAUGGCCGUUCUUACUGGAAUGUGGUUGCUCCCGCUUACCUCAUUUGUUUCAUGAUCAACGUCGUCCUCGGUUGGGUCUUCUACCAGAUUGUUGACCGUUACUCCCUUCGCCUUGCUAAGGGCAUGUGGAAUGGUCUUUUCGUCACACACCCCACUUCGUUCUUCACGAUGCCGUACAAAUUGGUCGUCUUCCUCUGCCACUUCUUCAUCAAUCUUCCCCUUCGUGUGGGCUCUUGGUUCGCCCGCAAGGUCGUUGGAUACUACAAGGGAACGGUUCAGGGUGUUUACACCCUGUUCCACUGGAAGAACGUCGGUGGUCUCAAGCGUGCUCCUCCCGGUAUCCACAUGUCGGAUGAUCCGUCGAUUCGCAGCCAGCUAUACUCCACUCGCUGGACGGCCGAUUUGCGCGACGACAAGGAGGCUGUUCGUACUUAUCGCCUACUCGCCGUGAACCAGUGGGCCUGGAUCAUCCACCUGUUCCUCAUCCCCGGUCUCACCGCCCUCUGGAUCUACUACCAUCCGACUGGAGGUUUCACAUGGGACGGCUUCACCUUCUCUUCCCUCUGGCGGUUCGUUUGGGUCAUGUCAGUCCCCAAUUGUUUAUGUGCCUACUUCGGCUUCUGCACACCCGACUGGAGCCCGGCGAAGCGUACCAUGGACAAGCGACCUGUCAUCCGUGAAGCUAUCCGCAACUUCAACAUCGUAUUGGUCACAAAGGGUUCGAACGAGACUGCCGUGCGUCGUGGCUUCAACACCCUCGUCAAGCUUGAGAAACUCCACCCGUCUGUCAAGGUUUUCGUCCUUACGGAUGAGCCGUACGCAUAUCCGGACAUCAACAACAUCGUUUGCCCGAAGGCAUACAAGUCUCCAAAAGGCCUUGCGAAGCACAAGGCUCGCGCUCUCGACUAUUUCCGUUCUUCUAUGAACCUUACGGAGUAUGACUGGACCCUGCACAUGGACGAGGAAUCCGUUACCGAUGCCGAGUCUCUCCGCCGUAUGUUCGACUUUAUUCGCUACUCACCUCAUUCUAUCGGUCAGGGUAUCAUCCUCUACAACGGUCACGGUUACUUCAACAAGGGUGAGAGCUGGAAGACCACACUCCAGGGCUGGUUCUUCUCAGUUGCGGAUUGCUUGCGUGUCGGUGACGAUCUCGCUCGUUUCCAUCUGCAAAAUACGGCCAUCCACGCCCCGGUCUUUGGUGUUCACGGUUCCUUCCUGCUGCUGAACGGUAUCGUGGAGCAGGAAGUCACGUGGGAUUGUGGCUCCCUUGCCGAAGAUUUCGAAUUCUCACACUUCGCUUGGCAGAGAGGUUUCACCUGUGGCAGGAUCAACGGUAUCGUUCGCGAGCAGUCGCCGACCACACUCCGCGAUUUCCUCAAGCAGCGUCGGCGUUGGUUCGUUGGUAUUCGCGAGAUCAAGGGUGUAUACGGUCUGCCCAAGCUGGCCAUCAACCUCUGGAUUGUUGGUGUGCUCACGCUGGCCGUCACGCUCAUCAACAUUCCCUUCUCCUUCUGGGUCGACACUAGUGUCACGCCGUUCUGGAUUGCUCUCUGCGCCGACUUCUGCUUCGCAACCUUCAUCGUCCUCUACCUUAUGGGAUGGCUCUUCCAGGAGAUCGACGCUGCCACGCCAUGGUACUAUGCCAUCCUGCACUUCUUCGGCAUGAUCAUGCAACCCAUUGCCUCCAUGGCGGAGGGUCUCGCUGCCAUCUGGGCCCUGUCGUCCCCCAAAACCAUCACCUUCGAGGUUAUCGUCAAGAAAUAG